AUGUUCACCAUUUUGUUGGGUACACUUUGUCUUUCCCUCCUCGUUUCCAUCGGAGAAACAGCAAAGUGCAGUGCCAAGAGUGGAGAUAUUAGUGCCCGGUGGCAAGUUGUAGAUAGCGAGCUUACUGUAGAAGUCACCACAAACAACAUCGGAAACAAUGAGUGGUCGGCUGUUGGAUUCGGACCAGAUAUGAGCGAUUUGAACGUUGUCAUCUUCCAAGUUGUUGACUUCAAACCAAGUGUUGUCACAGGAACAACUCAAGGAUACGGUGCUCCAACUCUGGAUGCUUCUCCAUCAGUCACUCUUCAAUCUCUCAAUUAUAACAGCAACACCUUGGUGGCUCGUUUCGCUCGUGCAGUCGGAUCCCUCUCCACCUGCCAGACCUGGAAUUUCGUAACCGACGGAGCCAUCGAAGACGGAUCCAUCGGAUACCAUAACGCCGCCCCACACUCCGUCGAAAUCUGUGCUGACAAGUGUACCCGCAAGAUCUUCUCCUAA